AUGACACUGCUGCACGCUGAGACAUGAUGAUCACUGAUGAUGGUGCAUCUGUUUUCCCAAUACUUGUUGGACCCACGAUAACACCACAGUACCGCGUACCGACCAGUAAAUGCUGAAAGACUGAUGAUAGGACGUCACUUUCCACCAGACGGCACACUUCUUCUCCAAAAAAUUAGCAAGUCUUCGAAUCUGUUGUUGUGAUUUUUGGACGACUUUUGUAGUUUGUUGUGUGUAUUGUUACUUUGAACGGUUUCACUGCGAUACGUUAGUUUGCUAGUCUUUGUGACCAGCGCAGUGAUGAUUGCCCCAGCAAGGGUGAUUCCAAUGGCCGUACGUGGACACAUAUGUAGACAUGUGCAGAAAAGUCGUAGGCUGCUGAGUUCAUUGCGACGAGGUGUCGUCGACCCAGGGCAGCAGCGCCUGACUAGAGUGAGCGUCAGUUGCAUGGCUGCCGCUGAUGGAGCACACGACUCGUGUAAAGGCUCACGGCUAUCAUCACCAGCAGCAGCAGCACCCUCGCAUGUUGACAUGAUGUGGGAUGAUGGUCACAGCUGUUCUGUGGAUGCCCUCUGGCUCAGGGACCAGUGCAUGUGUGCGGAUUGUCGACAUCCUGACAGUUUGCAUAGGAACGUGGACACGUUCAGUCUAACAGACGAUCAGCAACAUGCGAUCAACGCUGAACUCUCCGGCCAGGAUCAGGUGUGCGUCACAUGGUUGGACGGGCAUACGUCUCGUUUUGCCACCGACUGGCUGCGUGUUCAUUGUCGCCAGGACUCCCAGAUCGGCGGGCGUCCUCUGACCGCGUUGGAGCACGCAGCACCGCGCGAACCCUGGACGGCGACGCAGCUCGAGCGCGACCUGACGCGCGUGAGUCACGACGAGUUCGAGACGGCUGCCGGCCUGAGUCGCACAUUGAAUGGACUGUGGCGGCAUGGCGUGGCACUGCUGAACGACGUGCCGUGCAACGAGGGCGCCACUCGCGCGGUCACCUCGCGCCUCGGCGGCAUUGCUCGCACGGUGUACGAGGACCUGUGGCGGACGGCGCCCAACGACGCGGACGGCUCGGACGACCGCGCGUACUCGCGUGCCUACCUCGGCCUGCAUACAGACGGUGCGUUCGUUACCCAGCCACCGGCCGUGCAAGUGUUCCACUCGUACAUUGCCGGCCAGCCUGUCCGUGACGAACACGCACAUGCCGCGAAGAACAAGGAAAACGGCAGUGCUGGAGAGUCCAUAUUAGCGGACGGCCUCCAAGCUGCCACUCUCCUACGCGAACGCCACCCGGACACUUUUGAUUAUCUGUGCCGCACGCCGCUGGCGUAUCAGUUCUGCACACCAGACGUGCAUGGCGGUGCCGGGGGUGGGUUGUUGCACGCGGUAGCGGAGCAUCCGGUGUUGCGCUACGACGCGCUCGGCAACUUCCGGCAGGUCUGCUACAACACUCACCACCGCGCACCGCAGCUCUGCAGUCAGGCGCACGAGCUCUACAGACACCUGCGCGUGUUCCACAGCCUGUUGUAUAGCGACCAGUCUGUGUUUAGUGUACGCCUGCAGCCCGGUUCGGUGAUCCUGGUUGACAAUCUCCGUGUGCUGCACGGCAGAACGGCGUUCAGCGGUGAUCGUGUGCUCGCCGGCUGUUACCUGAGUUCUGAUCAGUAUCUGUGUGCGCUAAGGGAACACGUGACGCCAGGCGGUGUUCUCGAACUAUCCUAAAUGUGUGCGUGUGUGUGUGUGUGUGUGCGUGUGUGUGUGUGUGUGUGUGUGUGUGUGUGUGUAUGUGUGCACACUGUGCUUGGUGUGACAGUGUAGAACUGUAUGAUUUGCUGCUAUGCGUCCUGUUUCCGUAUCAGACUGUGGAGUGUAUUGCACACUUCAGAGGACCUCUCUCUCUCUCUCUCUCUCUCUCUCUCUCUCUCUCUCUCUCUCUCUCUCUCUCUCUCUCUCUCUCUCUCUCUCUCUCUCUCUCUCUCUCUCUCUCUCUCUCUCUCUCUCUCUCUCUCUCUCUCUCUCUCUCUCUCUCUCUCUCUCUUCUCUCUCUCUCUCUCUCUCUCUCUCUCUCUCUCUCUCUCUCUCUCUCUCUCUCUCUCUCUCUCUCUCUCUCUCUCUCUCUCUCUCUCUCUCUCUCUCUCUCUCUCUCUCUCUCUCUCUCUCUCUCUCUCUCUCUCUCUCUCUCUCUCUCUCUCUCUCUCUCUCUCUCUCUCUCUCUCUCUCUCUCUCUCUCUCCCCCCCAUCUCUCCCGAGUGAGCUAUUUAUAUUUUCGACUGGAUUCCAUUUCAUAAUUAUGAUUCCAAUGUCAGCUAGUAUUUACUAUUUUCCAUACAGGCUGGUCCUGUCCAUGACAUGAUGUACUGGGCGCAAACAUUUCUUGCGCCCUUCUCAUCUUAAUCUUACCGGCAUAUAUUUGUAUUGCACCACUAGCACUGGUAAACAUGGUCAUUAUAAUAUUAUACAUGAAGUUACUACCUUGGCUUGGCCUGCCAUAGAUUUCCUGCACAGAUUUUCAGCAGCUGGUCGGUCACAUAGUGCUGUACAUGCUGACAACUUGUCUCCAGUGAACAGACGGUUUUAAAUGCGGCGCCAGUCUCAAGACUAGCUGGUUACAAUUUAUUAAAGAAUAAUACCGGUAAUGCUUCGAAGUUAUUUUUUACACCUGUAUCCUGUUUCGGAACUAUCUGUUUGAGGUGGUUUGUGAUGCUCGCUACGAGGAUUGGUCUGCCGGAUGAAGACAGUCCUGUUGUGUUUGCCCAUUGCGAAUCACUUCCUAUCAUUUUAA